AUGGCGGGAUCCUUGCCUAGUCAUGCUAAUCUUCCAAAGGUGCCCUGGACAUGUGGUGCAAAAAAAUUGGCCUCCUGUCACCCCUCUCGAAAUUUCAACACCCUCGACUCCCCCGGUAGGACAGCAUUCAAGAUGGUCAAUCUGCGAACUCAGAAACGCCUUGCCGCGUCGGUCAUCGGCUGCGGUGAGCGCAAGAUCUGGCUCGACCCCAACGAGGUCAACGAGAUCUCCAACGCCAACUCUCGCCAGACCAUCCGCAAGCUCGUCGCCGAUGGCCUCAUCAUCCGCAAGCCCGUGACCAUGCACUCGCGGUCCCGUGCCCGUGAGCUGAACUUGGCCCGCCGCAUCGGUCGCCACCGUGGCUUCGGUAAGCGCAAGGGUACCGCUGAGGCCCGUAUGCCCAGCCAGGUCCUCUGGAUGCGCCGCCUCCGUGUCCUUCGCCGUCUUUUGGUGAAGUACCGUGCCUCCGGCAAGAUCGACAAGCACCUUUACCACGAGCUUUACCACUCCAGCAAGGGUAACGCCUUCAAGCACAAGCGUGCUCUCGUUGAGCACAUUCACCGUGCCAAGGCCGAGAAGGCCCGCGAGAAGGCUCUCAAGGACGAGAUGGACGCCAAGCGCGCGAAGACCAAGGCUGCCCGCGAGCGCAAGCAGGAGAGACAGACGGCGAAGAGAAACGCUCUGUUGGGCGAGGGCGAGGAGGAGGCCAAAUAG